AUGUCGCGCAAAUCAACAUGCCAGCAGCUCCGCCUGACAGGCGAGAAUUCACCAAAUCAGCUCUCCCUAUCGAACGUAUCGAUGAUAUUGUCAUACCCGAGCGUCGUCCUCAAACAACGGCGGAGGUCUCCCAAACGAUCACUGACGAAGCCCGUAUCUUCCACAUUGAUGAGCAUUUCACUCCCAGAGCAGAUCACCACCACAGAACGCAUCGUCACGGGUUCUGUUGCUUUCGAAGAAGGAGUGAGUCAACCUGAUUUUUCGUUCUUAAAAACUAGAAAGGAA